AUGGAAGGGGGGUGGCCCUUUAGGGGGGGUUUCCUCCUCUGCUUCACUAUCAGCCUUCUGCUUCAAGGAAGAGGCGACGCUUUCACCAUCAACUGCUCAGGCUUUGACCAGCAUGGGGUGGAUCCUGCUGCCUUCCAAGCAGUGUUUGACAGAAAGGCUUUCCGUCCAGUCACCAACUUCAGCGUCCCCACUCAUGUCAACGUCUCCUUCAUUCUGUCUGCCAUCCUGGAAGUGGAUGCACAACUCCAGCUUCUGACAUCACUUCUGUGGGUUACCAUGAUGUGGGACAAUCCUUUCAUCAGCUGGAACCCAGAAGAGUGCAUCAGCAGCAAUAAACUCAGUGUAUUGGUUGAGAACCUGUGGCUCCCAGACAUCCUCGUCAUGGAAUCCGUGGAUGUGGAUCGGGCACCUCCAGGUCUCAACGCAUAUGUCAGCAGUGAAGGUCGAAUACAGUACGACAGGCCAAUGAAGGUGACCAGCAUCUGUAACCUGGACAUCUUCUACUUCCCUUUUGACCAACAGAACUGCACACUCACCUUCAGUUCCUUCCUCUAUACAGUGGACAGCAUGAUCCUGGGCAUGGACAAGGAAUUGGGGAUGAUUACAAACACAUCUCGUAACGUCGUUCAGACCCAGGGGGAGUGGGAGCUCCUGGAUAUCAACAAGGCCACCCCAAAGAUGCAGAUGGGCAGCAACCUAUAUGACCAGAUCAUGUUCUAUGUGGCCAUCAGGCGCAGGCCCACCUUCUACAUCAUAAACCUUCUGGUGCCCAGUAGCUUUCUGGUGGCCAUCGAUGCCCUCAGCUUCUACCUGCCGGCAGAAAGCGAGAACCGUGCCCCAUUCAAGAUAACACUCCUCCUGGGCUACAACGUCUUCCUGCUCAUGAUGAAAGACCUACUCCCUGCCAGUGGCACCCCCCUCAUCAGUGUCUACCUUGCCCUGUGUCUGUCACUGAUGGUGGUCAGCCUGCUGGAGACCAUCUUCAUCACCUACCUGCUGCACCUGGCCGCCACCCAGCCCCCACCCCUGCCCCGCUGGCUCCAUUCCCUGCUUCUGCACCGCACCAGCCCAAGGAAAUGCUGCCCCGUGGUUGCACCCCAAAGGGGAAACUCGGGUCAGAGCCUCGGUCCCGCCCACUUGCCUGGCACAAAGGAGCCCGUGGAGCUGGUGGGGAAGGGGCCGGGUCCCAGAGAGGCAGAACUAAGUGGGUGCCCUGGGUCAGCAAGCACCCAGCCAGAAGAUGAGGCUCAGAAGCAGCACCUGGUCAGCCUGUGGGUGCAGUGCAGCCACAUGAUGGACUCCCUGCUCUUCCGCCUCUACCUGCUCUUCUUGGCCACCUCCAUUACCACGGUCAUCGUCCUCUGGAACACCUAGGGAGAUGCCCACAUCCACCACUCCUUGUAAGCCACAGGUUGAAGUUCCUCAUGGUCUUAGGGCCAGCCAGACCCAGGCCCUUUCCUAAUCUUAGCCGCUCAUCCCCAGUGACUACCAUGUCCCUUCUAUAUUCCCCAGACUCCAACAGAGCCCUGCUGAGCAAGUUUAGAACUGCCCUAGACAGUCUUCUGACUUCUCAUA